AUGUCUGAACAUGAUUAUUUUAUUCUUCAGAAUGAAUGGCACAUUGGCAAAUCAAUUCAAUUUUGGUUAUUUUUCAGAUUGACGUUUCUACGGCGGGGCGAGGAGCUUCGAGACUUCAUCAAGAAUACUUCAAGUAAAAAUGAAGUUGUAAUAAUUUGUGGUGCUGUGAAUGAAGAUAUGUAUGUGGCAUCAAGCACAAAGUCCUUCCUUAUUGCUGCAGGCUGGGUGGAAACAGAACCUGGGGUUGUGAAAUAUGGUAUACCAGCACCUACACCAUCAAAGAUGACUGCACUUAUUCAAAUCAUAGCAAAUCAGACCAGCUGGUACUAUUCAUGUACCUUCAAUGAUCCUGUACCAACCAAAGUGGUUUCCCUUUGCCGGGCAAACACAUAUUCAACCAGUAAUGAUGAUGAGAAAGCCAUGGCAGAGGCCUUUCAGGCCAUCUUGAAAGACGGUAACAACAACCCAGUGAUUAAGCAAGCUCUGAUCUGCCACCUUAUGGCAGCUAUUGCUCACGAUCCUGAGUUCAAAGAUGUUCAAGAUUGGGCAGUGGCCCCAUCCUCUUCAACAAACCCACCACAGAUUAUGGAGGAAUUGAAAGAGCAUGUAAGAUGCAUGAUGAAUGGGCGAAAGCCCGAAGCAAUAUUUUUGAGACAUAAAACAACAAACAAAUCACGGUUUGAAGGUAAGGACUUCAGACAAAGUGAUGACUACUGCCAAAAGCACUUUAAAUCUAUCCUAGUAAGUGAAAAUUAUAACAAAAAACUGAAGAAUAGGGUAGUCUGUGUGUUUGAUGACUACCUCACACAUGGUAAUACUUUUGAGACAUUGCGAAAUCUCCUAGUUGAAUGCAAAGUGAGAAAGAUAAUCUUAGUUUCAAUAGGAAAGUUCAUGUGUAACAAUGAAAACAUGUACAGGCAAAAGUCUUUUUCAAUAAGUGGUGAUGUGAGCACAGAGCAUUACACAGCAAAAUUUGAAUCUGCUACACAACGCAAUUUUUAUAUUGAUGGUCAUGCUCGGCGAAGCUUGCAGCAUCUCAGUGAGCUAGCCAACUAUUUAAAGUAAAUAUGUACAGAACUCUUUCAACUGACUUCCAAAACCACCUUGCGUAGAUUUAUUUAGAAGGUCUCUUAAACUCCUUUAUGUGAAAGAAUGACCAAAAAAAUUUUAAACAACAGAGAAAAAAUUCCCCUUUUCCUUAAUUACUAAAUAAGAGUUAAACAAUAUG